UGUCGAGUCCCUCCUGAAAGGAUGUGUUACCCUAGGGCCGGUCGUAUCUCGUCAAUCUCUCCUUGCAUACCGAGAACUUCUAGACCUCGAGUAUUCUGGAGUAAAGUCCUCCAAAUACUGUACGCCACAAGAUUUCGCUUCCAAGGAUGUUCGCACCGAGGAUCUCCAAUAUCUCUGGACAAGUCGCUCGGACCGGGCUAGGAUCUACCUCUCGUCUCGCUCGAACGGCCUCUGCUUCGCCUCGCUUCCCAGAACCUUUCGCAAGCUAUUCUUCCAGCACGACUUGGUCAGUUUCCGGUCCCUCGUCUCCUUUACUAUCAUGCGCGAAUAGUACGAGGUUGCCCAACAAGCGUCUAUCUAUCGGCUACCUUGAACGAUACUCGACCAAAUCGGCCGGUUCCAAAUCCGUUCUCGGCCACAUCACAGCGUUCUCCACUUCAACUAGACAAGCCCUGAGAGAAUCAUACUUUCGUCGUCCGAACGGACGUUCGAGCUCAAGCGGAGGAGGAUCAGGAAGGGGGAGCGGACCAGGAUGGUUCGAGAAUCUGCGGAGGCGGAUCGAUCGUCUUCCACCGAUGUACGUUAUCUAUGGGAUCAUCGGGGCGAAUGUGGGGAUCUUCUUGGUGUGGCAGUAUGCACAGGCUUCGUGGACCCGUUUCCGCGAUCCCACUCUAUACCGAUGGAUGUCGCAGAACUUCAUUGUGUCCGAGGCGAACCUGGCAGCGGGGCGGCUCCACACCCUUCUGACAUGCUGUUUCUCUCAUUCCAACACCGGGCACAUCGCUCUCAAUAUGCUCGGGCUGUAUUUCAUAGGCCCUGCUACAGCAGGUCUUCUUGGGCCUGCUAGUUUCCUCGGAUUAUACCUCGGUGGCGGGAUCGUCUCUUCCAUGGUCUCGCUCGCAUGGCAUAGAAUGAUGUCGAGUAACCGAUCCAAGUCGCACGGUAGUGAAGGAGCUAGCGGUGCCAUCUACGCCUCUCUAGCUUACUACGCAGCCAUGUUUCCUCAAGCGCAGUUUCUUCUCUUCUUCGUGGUUCCUCUGCCGGCUUGGGCUGCGGUAGGAGGUAUCUUCGCAUAUGACCUGUAUUCCUCGAUUCGAUCGCCCAUGGCAGUGACCGACUCUGCUGGACAUGUCGGAGGUCUGUUGGCAGGUGUGGCCUACGCGUUCUGGUCGAGAGGUCGAGGCGGGCCCAGGAUCAGGGGCAGGUGGUGAACUGAGGUUCUGACCUGUGAUUGUAAUGUAGCGAUGUAGCGAGUAUGAAUCAGAAUUUAGAGCUUCAGAA